GAAGGAGUCGGGAGCCGCCCAGCGUGGGUCCUGAAUCCUGAAAGUGGCUGGGAGGGGUGGGAGCCGAAGUUACGCGCUGGGGAGCCGGUGGCCAUAGCUAUGGAGCUGGGCCCCGCCGCGUCCCCCGGGCCUUCCCGCUCCUUCAAGGAGGAGCUGCUCUGUGCCGUCUGCUACGAUCCCUUCCGCGACGCCGUGACUCUGCGCUGCGGCCACAACUUCUGCCGCGGGUGCGUGACCCGCUGUUGGGAGGUGCAGGUGAUGCCCACCUGCCCAGUGUGCAAGGACCGCGCGGCCCUCGCCGACCUGCGCACUAACCACACCCUCAACAACUUGGUAGAGAAGCUGCUGCGAGAGGAGGCCGAGGGCGCGCGCUGGGCGGGCCACCGCUCCCCGCGCCUCUGCCGCCUGCACCGCGGCCAGUUCAGCCUCUUCUGCCUCGACGAUAAGGAGCUGCUGUGCUGCUCGUGCCAGGCCGACCCUCGGCACCAGGGGCACCGCAUACAGCCAGUGAAAGACACCGCCCACGACUUUCGGGCCAAGUGCAGGAACAUGGAGCAUGCACUGCGGGAGAAAGCUAAGGCCUUCUGGGUCAUGCGGCGCUCCUAUGAGGCCAUUGCCAAGCAUAAUCAGGUGGAGGCCACCUGGCUGGAAGGGCGAGUCCGGCAGGAGUUUGGCAAGCUCCGUGAGUUCCUGAGAGUAGAGGAGCAAGCCAUCCUGGAUGCCGUGGCAGAGGAGGCGAGGCAGAAGCAGCGGCUGGCCGAAGAGAAGAUGAAGCGGCUGGCGGAAGACACAGAGGCUCUGGCCCAUGAGAUUGAGCGGCUGCAGGUGGAGAUGAAGGAGGAUGAUGUUUCCUUUCUCAUGAAACACAAAAGCCGAAAACGCCGCCUCUUCUGCACCAUGGAGCCAGAGCCUGUCCAGUCUGGCAUGCUUAUCGACGUCUGCAAGUACCUUGACUCCCUACAGUACCGCGUCUGGAGGAAGAUGGUCACGUCUGUUGAAUCUGUGCCUUUCAGCUUCGAUCCCAAUACUGCGGCCGGCUGGCUCUCUGUGUCCGAUGAUCUCACCAGCGUCACCAACCACGGCUACCGAGUGCAGGUGGAGAACCCGGAGCGCUUUUCGUCGGCGCCCUGCCUGCUGGGCUCCCGUGUCUUCUCGCAGGGCUCCCACACCUGGGAGGUGGACCUGGGGGGCCUGCCAAGCUGGCGGGUGGGCGUGGUGCGGCUGCGCCAGGACUCUGGUGCCGAAGGCCACUCCCACAGCUGCUACCACGACACCCGCUCGGGCUUCUGGUAUGUGUGCCGCACUCAGGGCGUGGAGGGGGACCACUGUGUGACCUCGGACCCGGCCACAUCUCCCCUGGCCCCAGCCAUCCCUCGCCGACUGCGCGUAGAGCUGGAGUGUGAGGAAGGUGAGCUGUCCUUCUAUGACGCAGAGAGCCACUGCCACCUUUAUACCUUCCACGCCCGCUUCGGGGAGGUGCGGCCAUACUUCUACCUGGGGGGCACGCGGGGGGAUGGGGCCCCUGAGCCUCUGCGCAUCUGCCCCCUGCGCAUCACUGUCAAGGAGGAGCUGGAUGGCUGAGGCUGGCCCGGAGCCGGCCGGAUCUGUCUGGGACUCGUUCCAUGGUCCUUCCUGCUUUCUUUCUGUCCUUCCUCAGGCCGUGCUCACCUCAGAACCUCUGAACUGGCUGCCUCUGUGCCAGGAUCUUCCUACCGACCUGUCAGGCCUCCUCCUUCAUUUCUGGUCCCUUCCCCACCCACAGUUGAAAGUGUCCAGGAGACCCCUUACUCCCCAGACCCAGAGCACCUUCAGGAUGUGAAUGUCCUAAAUCCUAAUGCCAGGAUUUCUGGGGAUGACAGUUGCUUCUAAAAUGGGCUUGUUUAAAAAAAAAAAAAAAAAAAAAUUUUUUUUAUGUUUAUUUUUGAG